AUGGAUUCCCCUCCGAAUCCUGAGAUCACAGAUGGCCAUGAUCUCUCCAUGGAAGAAAGAUGGGCCAGACUCAACGCCUUGGCCGACGCAAUCGAAGCGGACGUUGCAGAGACCAAAAGGCUUGUCACAGAGAUUCAAGCUGGUCUUGAAGAGCAGGUUACCCGCUUAGAUAAGGCCAAAGAGAUACGGAAGAAAGAAAUGGCAAAGGAUUCCAAGUACCCUUCUCUACUCCUCUUUACCGAGGACAUUUACUCGAUCGAAGCCCUUGAGCGUGGUGGCUACAAUGUCUUAGGACAUGACCGGGCUCGAGAUGAUCUACCUUGCAAUUAG